AUGGCUGAUAAUUUAGAAGAUGAGUGGUGGGAAACUGGUAAUCGUGCUCAAAAUGACGAUUCAGAAGAAAAAAGUUCAGAUGAAGAAGAGAAGAAUGCAGUUGAAGACCACAGGAAGAGGCCACUUGAGCAUGAUGGAGUUGACCAGGGGGCUGGAACUAAAAAGAAACAAAAACGCAAAAGAAAGAAGAUUACUACAGAAUUAAAGGAGAAGGGAAAGUCCUCCAGAGCCAAGCCUGCUGAUGUAAUUGACCUACUUUCUAAACAUUUUGAGGGAAAACUGUCUCCUGUGGAGUGGGAUGAAUUAAAGCUUGAUCCAGAUGGUGAUUUUUAUGUCAGCAGUGAAUCAGACCACACCCCUAGCUCCUAUCUCAGAACUAUAUUACCUAAAUGGAAGAAGCUGGUCAAGUCUAGUGACCUAAAACCUGGCUCUCCAUUGGUUCUCAUUAUAACAUCCUCUGCCAUCCGAGCAGUUCAGCUCAACAGGGAUAUAACAGAUUUCAAAACAGAAGAGUGCAAAUGUGCAAAACUGUUCGCAAAACACUUCAAAAUAGAGGAACAACAAAAGUACCUCUCCAAGAAUAUCUGUCACAUAGGACUGGGUACCCCAAACAGAAUCUGCAGCCUCAUCAAAAAUGGUUCGUUACAUUUAGACAGUGUAAAGAGUGUAGUGUUGGACUGGAACUGGAGAGAUAAGAAAUUCAAACGAAUGGCAGACAUUAUAGAUCUCCGUAAAGACUUGGUGGUGUUAUUGCAGACUUAUAUUAUUCCACAUAUCCAUGCCAACAAAUGUAAAAUAGGCAUCCUCUGAUUAAACUCACUAUUCUUUUAAUACAUGUACAUGUAUGUUUGUUUUACUUGCAUGAACAACUGCAACUUGAAAUUUUUAUGUUAUAAAAGAACAUUUCUGACAGAU